AUGAGCCAGUCACCAGCACGACGUCGCUCGGGAGAGCUAUCUCCGCCCGCCGACAAGAACAACCCAAUGGAGACCCACAGCAUUACCUUCGAGUGGCCGCUCCACGACCUCAAGCAGCAUUUCGACUCGUCCAGCUCCGAUGCCAAGUCGAAAGUCAUCAAGUCCGUCCAGUUCGGCGAAGGAAGAUGGACGGUCCUCUUCUAUGCUCAGUCGGGCUUGCAGAACUUCUGCUCGCUCUACCUCAACGCUGAGCCCACUCCCGAAGAGAAGAAUCAGAACAGGUCCCCCUGGGACACUUUCCGCGCCACCAGCAGCGGAGCAGCUCGAUCACAGAGCUCUCUGUCAGACAAACCGUUGGUCGCUUCUGAAGAUGGCUGGACACGCCAGGGACUCUUCCGCUUCACUUUCAAGAUCCUCACACUCAACAAAGGCACCGUGCUUGCCACCAAGGAAGCGUGCAACCAUGCUUUCAGCCACAAGACGUCCAACUGGGGCUGGGCGCAGUUUGCCUCGCGCGACACGGUCUUCUACGGCAACAGUGAGGUGCAGCAGGCCAAUGCUUUCCUCGUCUCGGUCACCAUUACCGCCAGCGCCGAACCUCCGCGACCUCUGACCCGCGGCGUCACGGUUCCGCCAGCUUUGAUCGAGGCCAUGGGAUCACUGCUCGACGAUCCGGAUCACAGCGACGUCGUCUUUGUGAUUCGCCGCAAGCACCGCCAUCCUAAGACGGGCGCGUUCGUCACCCGCGAACGCAGAAUCUACGCCAUCAAGAAGAUUCUCGCUUCUCGAUGCGAAUACUUCCGCGACAUGUUCGACAGCGGCUUCGCCGAGGCUGACGCGACCACUGGAUCAGACGACGAAGCAGAUGAUGAUCUACCUCUAGCAUCGGCGACCUCGCGCGGGGUUGGUCAAGAUCAACUCGGCCUUGCGAGCGGCGCUUAUCCGUCUUUGACUGAUGAUGACGAUGAUGACCUAGGUCUCGAGGACUCGGACGAAGAGAUGGAUGUGGACGAAGUCUACGAGAUGGGCAGAUCCAAUUUCCACGAUCAACACAGAAACAGCGAGGGAAACCUGACCCGUAGUACCAUCGCCGGCUCAGCAACCGGUGUCCUCAAGCCGGCGUUCAGCGGCGCAGACUCGUCCUCAUCGCGACGCAUGCGCGAGACCAGCUCGGACGUGCCACAGAUUCGAGGUCUUUCGCUGACCCAGCAACCGGUUCCGCCUGCUGCACCGGCCAACGCGCCUGGCUCCGUAUCACUCCAGCAAACCACCCCACCGCAGUCACGCAGCAGGCAAAGCAAUGACCACGACGCACGCACCGACAGCGGCGAAGAGACGACACGGGUGCAGGGCAUGUCCGCUUUCCAGACCCCUCAGCACUCUCCGCGCGAGCUCAGGCAGGAUGUCUCGGCGUUCGCGUCCCCUUCUAUGACCGCACAGCUGCGAUCGUUCCAGCCUCUUCAGGCGCAGAGUAGCUCCACUGGCCGGAUUUUGCCGCAGCGACGCAAGUCGGAGGAUGCGGUCGGAAGCAGCGCACACAGUGGCAAGAAGAGGCGCAAAGUCGUGGUUCGCGACGCGGCUUAUGCGACAUACAAGGCUUUGCUGUACUAUCUCUACACCGACACGAUCGCCUUUGCGCCCUUGCACUCGCAUUUUUAUACGCCAUCGACAGCUGUCCCGGACGAACAAGCAGGGUCGCUGGACAAAGAACGGGAGUCAACCGGGCGAGCCCCGCUCGACUCUGAAGAGACCAACGGGGCACCCUUGUCUCGCGCUGGGUCUGGAGUAGAGAUGUCGUCCACACGCGACGACAGCAUGUCUGGCACGGGCGGCAGCUUUGCCACGGACCGACGUCGGGCCCACACGCUGCGCCAGCAGGUCGUCGACGAGUUCUGCUCGGCGAACGCCAACGUGCCAGCCCCCUGCUCUGCCAAGUCCAUGUACCGCCUGGCCGACAAGCUGCAAAUCCCCGAUCUCAAGAAGCGCGCCCAAGAGGAGCUGGCCAACAACCUCACGGUCGGCAACAUCGUCUGGGAAGCUUUCUCGGGAUUCAACUCGCAAUUCCCUGCGAUUCGCAAGAUGGAGACCGACUUCCUCCUUAAGCACUGGUCCGAGGUCAAGGGGACCGAGGUGAUGAAGAACAUCUUCUCGAGGCCGAGUGCGCAUCCCGGUUUGGCGGACAUCUGGCCCCACUUGCUCAGCCAAUUGGAGUUUCGUGGUCCUGUUGAAGCUAAGCCCGAGGCCUCGGCCUCGCUUUGA